AGGAAACUUGGACAUUACAAUUCUGUAGGAGUGUGGCAGAUUUAAACCUUUGUGGGACUCAAGGUCAAAAUGAAGUCCCUCAAUCCCUUUGAUGAUGAACCUUCCAGCUUAUCUCCGUACGCACAAUCAGGAACCACAGAACGUUUUCCUGACUUCCGACGUAACGUGGAAGGAACAUCUGGCACUCUUCAAUGUCAAAUAUCAGACAGUCAGUCACGAACGAAAGCAAGUCAACAGCGGGCACUGGCCAGUAUUUAUAAUUCUGAACAAAUCGGUGUUUCGGCAGCUCAUGAGCUUGUUGAACAGGGCGAGAAAUUAAGUCGCGCAGAGCAAAAACUCGAGGAAAUUAGUGAAUUACAGAAAGAUAGUCAAAAGAAAAUCAACACAUUGUCAAGUGUCUUUGGUGGAUUUAGAAAUAUUUUUUCACGCAGGCAGUCACAGCCUGUUACUCAAGGACCGUCUGCUUCAGUGGACAAGAUGACAGAUAAUAAAAAUCCCGGUAAUCUGAGACAAUCCAUUCAAUGUGGUUCUUCAUGGGGUGAGCAGUACACAAGUACAUUGCAGAAAACUGUAAUGGAAACCAAUGGUGCUCCAAAAUCUUCAGACAUUGAAUUCGAGAAUAAUUUAUCGUUAAUGGGUGAUGGCAUGUCUCGACUGAAGAGUCUUGCUCAAGGUAUGAAUGAUGAAUUAAGAAUUCAAAAUGAACAACUUGAUCGUAUGGCGCCUAAAAUUCACCGAGUAACAGAUACUAUGUCAAAUCAAAAUCGUCAAAUGAAUAAAUUAUUAGGAAUUCGACCGAAAUAAACUGUUCACAUUUUGAUUUCAUUCACUUUUUAUCCUUCCACGUGUAUUUCUUUUCUAUGGAACACUUAAAAUAAGGCAGAAAUGUGAAUGGAUUAGUCUUUCUCUUAUGUUUUCUCCUUAUUUUUAUUCCAAUACUUCUAUUUCAUUAUUUUUAUUGUCAAAGAUUUUUAACUGUGUACACACAAUCGAUUAUCUUAUGAUUGACUACUGUUUGAUUUUUUUAACGCUCUGAUCGCAGAAAAUUUUCAAAAUAUUCUUCUCAUUUUAAUAUUGGCUAACUUUAGACAGAUGGGUCAGAGAUAUUCAAUUUGUUGUUGGUUAAUAUCAAAGCAAUAAUAUAAACAUUUUAAGACACAA